AUGAGUUCGUCACCGAAUUCGGAUGAGGAUAGAAAAAUGGAUUUUAACCCUCUGUUGCUGGCGAGUGGAAAAAGAAAAAGUGCAUUUUUACCUUAUAAACCAUCCAAUACUGUGCUAACUAAUUUGCAACGUGGAAAUACCGAAGCAAACAUUCCUAGUGAAAUAUGUCUCAACUUUCAUGAGAAGACCGGUCAGGGAGAAAUUACCGAAGAACAGGUAAAAGCCGAGCAGAUGGUUGAUGUUACCGAUUCUAGCCAAUUCACGCCUCUCCAUUGGGCGUGUUACUACGGGCAGUUAGCUGCGGUUACCAUUCUUGUUAAAUGCGGAGCUGAUGUGAACAAACUCGCAAUCGAUAUGAUCUCUCCGUUGUUAUUGGCUGGUGCAGGUGGUCACAAUGAGAUCGUUAGGCUCCUGGUAGACAAUGGUGCCGCAAUAAAUCAUAUGGACAUUGUGGGCAAUACGGCUCUUAUGUACGCGGCAGCCGGGAAUCACCCUCAUACCUGCAACGAGCUGCUUAACUCGGGAGUCAACUUCACAGAAACUAAUGAAGAUGGUGAGUCGGCCUACUCCCUUGCGGUGAAAAACAAUGCUAAUUUAGCACAAGCUGUAUUAGAGAACCACAUAACAGCAUUGUUAAUGACGUGAUAAAAAUUGUUGUUUUGUAUCGAGAAAAAAUGUAGAAAUUAUUGUGAUAAUCACCGUACCACAGAACCGUUUAUAUUAAAGCCUAGCUUUUCAUGUAUAUUUAGCAAAAAAGUAGUGAUAUUUUAUCGAUAAAAUAAAUUUUAUAUUAGGUUUAA